CUGUGCUGUGCCCUGUGCUGUGACACAGGAAAACCUGAAUAGGGGCGAGCUUCCUCACCUGUCUCACCUUACCUGUUCAAACAAACGGCUCCGUUUGAAACUCUACCCCAACCGAAUUCACCGAAUUCCACCAGGAAACCAACCGCAAAUGAUAGUUAGAAAAGGUGGUCUAAACAAAGUAUUUGUUGGGCCUAUCUCCAAGCCAAUUUAGAGACAUGGAGCCGACGUACCGCGGUCUAGGGCGCUGUUCCUGCGCCUUUUGGUUGGCAGUGUCCUUCGACAUAUUCGGACUGCUCGUUCUUUUGAUCGGUGUUUUUGCGGAUAUAUUCUUCUAUGACUUUUUAAUCUACGCCGGGGCCAUCAUCAUCUUCCUCAGCCUCGUCUGGUGGGUGUUCUGGUACACGGGCAACAUCGAGGUCCCCCCGGAGGAGCUGGAGGAUGACGUCGGGCUCUUGAAGAAGGAGCGGGGCAUCGCAGGUGCGGUGAGGCGGUUAUCCAGCCGUCUCUCCAACAGUGUCAGGAACUCUCUGCGGCGGAAUGGAGCCCCCCCCCGCGGGGUCGCGAGAAGGGCAGGGACCGGGCUGUCUACGACGCACAUGAGGGAUGCCCAACAGCAACCGAAGCCCUCGCCUGUCGUAUUGACGAUGGGGCCGCUUUAUGAGGACAUGCACACGGUGUCUGCAUCCGUGGACACUGUCAUACCUGUCCCGCACACAGCUACAGAGACCUCGGCCAUAUGAUGCGCAAUGCGCACAAGUGCCUGGUUUUUCCCUCAUCCUCCUGGUUCUGAUCCUUGUCUGUCCUGACUCUGAGCCUGCCUGCCUGACCAUUCUGCCUGCCCCUGACCUCCAGCCUGCCUGACCAUUCUGCCUGCCCCUGACCUCCAGCCUGCCUGACCAUUCUGCCUGCCCCUGACCUCGAGCCUGCCUGCCUCCCUGUACCGUUUUGGACUGACCUGGUUAUGAACUCUUGUCUGUCCCCGACCUGCCUUUUGCCUACUCCUUGGACUAUAAAAGAUAUCAGGGCUCAAACCAUCUGCCUCCUGUGCCUGCAUCUGGGUCUCGCCUUGUAUCGUUAUAACUACAGUAAAUAAUAUAGUAUAUACUCUUUUUUUACUACAGAAUUUAUACUAUCAUAAACUGUAAAUACUACAUGAAAGUCUGCAAAAACACUACAGUGAAUAAUAUAGUAUUCCUAACAUAGUAUAUACUGUAGUAUUUUUUUCAGGCAAAGUGUGCUGUAUUUUACUACUUAAUGUAGAUGUCUGAAAGAAUUCUAUGGGCUAGGAGAAAGUGUAAUCUAUGGUUUGGUUUUCUUUAAAUAGACACCUCAAACAAGCCUCUGCUAGCUAAAAAUCAAUGGGACUGAUACGGGCAACCAUGCAAUUUUCUAAAAUGUAUGGCUUAAUCAAGUGAAAUCAACUCAAUUAUUUUGUUUGACAUUAGUUAGGGGAUUUGUCAAUAAUACAAAAAUAAUGUUGCAUGGUUGCCCCUAUCACUUCCAUAGAUUUUUAGCUAGCUGUGGUGGAUAAUGUUAGCUGAAGUUUAAAGAAAACCUAAUCAUGAAUUGCCGUUUCUUCUGCCCCAUAGACUACUUUAACAAUACAUAUUUUUUGGCAAGUAUCAUACCAAAACAAGCAACCUACUGUACAACGGUCUCUUUCUUUGUUGGUGGCCCACUCUUUGAUGGUAUGCACGUCUUACAGAGUGUGACUUUAAAGUUGGUCUCUUCAGUCAGCUAUAUUGUGGUUUGGGUGAACAGCCAUAAGUUGGGUCAGUUGAAUGUCUGUUAUUGGAUGGCUGUGUGUGUGUGUGUGGGGGGUGGGGGGUCUGUGUGUAGGUCUGUCUGUGUGUGAGAGAGAUCUAGAGAUAUGGAGAGAGAGCUGGAGAGAGAGAAUCAGUAUCUGGGAAUCAGUACCUGGGAAUCAGAAGGGAUGUGCAUGCUACUCUUCAGAGGGGUCAUCCUAUGUAAAAUUGUUCUCAGUUGAUUUAUACUUUUUCUGUGAAGUGAAAAUGUUCUGUUCAUGUGUAGAUAAAAAAAUUGUUGCGCAAAUUAACUGUUCACUUGUGGAUUCCCCCUUCUCCCAUUCAAUGCUACAUUCAAUAACACUGGAUUUACAAAUAUUUGGAGAAAAAUGUGUCAGAAGGGCGAAACCUUACCUUACAGGUUCAGGUCACUGUAACCAUGUCUGACGCAACUGCAGCCUGUUAUAGACACAUGCAUCCAGUAAAGAGCUGUACAUUCAACUCCAGCUCUGAGGUAGAAUGGAGGCUAAAACUCUCCAGGAACACGUGUUCUCCUGCUGUGCUGUAUGUACUGAGGUCUUCACUGUCCCAUUGGACCUCAGCUGCCAGACCUGUGGCUGUAGCUUCUGCAUACCCUGUCUGGAUGAGUUCUGGGAGCAGCAGGGCUUUGAAGUAUGUCCUAUGUGCAAUAUCGACUACCCUGGAGGUCCUCAGAGAACGUGUGAGGAACACGGGGACAAACUGAAGAUCUUCUGUGUCACAGACCUGCAGCCUAUCUGUGAUUAUCAUUGGUCAGUUGACCAUAAGGAUCACAAAGUGUACCCAAUAGCUGAGGCAGUGGUGGACUGCAAGGUAA